AUGGACCCGUCUUCUCUGUAUCGGCCCAUCAACAUCCACCUCUAUCGGCCCAUUCAUACCCACAGAAGAGUCCCGUCUUCGUCUAGUCGUUCCUUGGCUGCACUGAUACAUACUCCACAUCUCCCAAAGGCCAAACCCUUCCGCCGCCACCUUCCUCCCUCCUCACCGGCGAUCUGCCCAGCGUUCACGCAGUACACCAUGACGAUCUCCGCUCGUAUCGCCGGCGACGGCCAACCCACCGGAUCCGCCUCCUCUAUCAUCGCCGGCGCCGUGAGCGGCUACCAUUUGCUAAGAAUCGUCGGCUACUCGCGCACAAAGGAGGUCCCUAAUGGCGAGUGGAUCGACUCUUGCCCGUUCGGGGCUGGUGGCCGGACAUGGCAUGUUCGUUACUAUCCCAACGGGGACUCCAAGAACGUGGAUUUCAUAUCCCUCUUUCUCACACUCGAUGAUACCCUUGCCGAAGCCGAGACCGUGAAGGCACAAGGCAAAUUCAGCUUACUCGACCAACAUGGGAAGCCGGUGCCGGACUAUACUAAGACUACCAGUAUCAGAGACUUUGCCGUGGGUAGCGACUGUUGGGGAUUUGGCAAGUUUAUGGGAAGGGAGGCAUUGGAGAAAUCAGAGCAUCUCAAGGACGAUUCCUUCACUGUCAAGGUCGAUGUUAACAUCAUGGGCGAGUGCCACACGCAGGAGGCUCCAGCCAUCGUGGUGCCACCGUCUGACAUGCACCUGCACUUUGGGGACCUCCUGUCAAGCAAGGCCUGCGUCGACGUCGAGUUCCGAGUUGCCGGCGAGACGUUCUCCGCCCACCGGUCGGUGCUCGCGGCGCGUUCGCCAGUUUUCAGAGCGCAGUUCUGUGGCCCCAUGAAGGAGGGAACAAGCACAGAUGCCAUCCACAUAGAUGACAUGGAGGCACGCGUGUUCAGUGCUCUGCUUUCCUUCAUCUACACGGAUGCGUUGCCGGAGAUGAAGCAAGAUGAAGAAUCCGCCAUGGCUCAGCAUUUGCUUGUUGCAGCAGACAAGUACGGUUUGGACAGGCUGAAGCUGAUUUGCGAGGAUAAGCUGAGCAGUGAUAUCGAUACGAGCUCAGUGGCGACCAUAUUGGCGUUGGCCGAGCAGCACCACUGCUGUGGGCUUAAGGCGGCUUGCUUGGCGUUCCUCGGCUCGCCCAUGAAUCUGGAUGCGGCCAUCAAGUCUGAAGGUUUUGAGUUUUUAACCAAGAGCUGCCCUGGUGUUUUGAAGGAUUUCCUCAUCUCCCAUGUUGUUCCUAGUUUACUCGGGAAAAGAAAAUCAGGGGCAUGA